GGGAAAUUAGAUCCCCUCGUACGCUGCUGGAGCACUGAAUGCUGGAUGGCACUAAAUUUAAAGUUGUGCAGGUUGAAUUUCGUCGUUGCAUCCUUUCUGGCUAGACAUACGGGGAUUAUUCAGUAUUCUCUCUUCGUAAGGAGCUUGAUUUCAUCAUGCCGCCGAAACGAACUGCAAAAGCAAAGGCUGAUUCUUCAAAAGCUAAAUCUGAGAAUGAAAGUUGAUUCGAAGGGAUCGAAAAAUGUUGAUAAAAGCGAUUCGUCCACCGCGAAGAAGGCGAAGAGCCCAAGCGAACCCAAGCAGAUGCUGAAUAAGACAGACACAAAUUUGAACGAAAUAGAUUUUGAAUGUACAAAGAUGAACGAGGAAGGAAAGAAAUAUAAUCUGAAAAUUUGUACUUGGAAUGUUUCUGGAAUUAGGGCAGUCAUCAAAAAAAAAGGAAUUGACUAUAUUGUCAAAGAAGAUGCAGACAUAAUCGCUUUGCAAGAAACAAAAUGUGACCAGAACAAACUGCCAGAAGAAGUUAAAUUAUCAGGAUAUCAUCAUUACUUUCUCGAUAGCAAAAAGCCAGGCUAUUGUGGAGUUGCUUUGUUCAGCAAGGAAAAACCGAUUUCUGUGAAAUAUGGUUUAAAUAAUUCUUUCGAUAGUGAAGGUAGAAUGAUUACAGCAGAAUUCCCAGAAUUUUUUAUGGUCAAUGUUUAUGUGCCAAAUGCUGGGCAGAAAUUGGUAACAUUACCAAAAAGAUUGGAGUGGAAUAAAGCAUUCAAGAAAUGUAUUGAAGAAUUAGAUCAAAAGAAACCUGUUAUCAUAUGUGGCGACAUGAAUGUAGCUCAUCAAGAAAUAGAUUUAAAGAAUCCCAAAACGAAUACUAAAAAUGCUGGAUUUACUAAAGAAGAACGAGAUGAUAUGACAGAUUUCUUAUCUGCUGGAUUUGUAGAUACUUUCAGAUUAUUAUAUCCUGAAACAGAAGGUGCAUAUACAUUUUGGUCAUAUUUUAGCAAUGCACGUGGUAAAGAUAUUGGAUGGCGACUAGACUAUUUUUUGGUGUCUGAACGGAUCAAGAAUAAAGUGUGCGAUAAUGUUAUAAGGAAACAAGUUUAUGGUAGUGAUCAUUGUCCUGUAAUACUUUAUAUCAAUUUGUAAUUUUAAUAACAGUAAGUAUGAUGUGUUUUAUUAUAUGGAAAUGUUAGAAUGAAACUUUUCUUACGUGUGAAUAUAAAACAUACAAAAUAAUAAAUUACAUUUCCUUAUCAAGAAA